AUGCCAUCUUUCAAACAAUUAGCUGUUUUAUUAGCCGUUGCUGCCUCCAACGUCGCUGCUUACGAUAUCGACAGCAUUGACGUUAUUGAAUUCCAAGCUUGUUUAGAUGAUGUUCAAAAUAAUUUAAUGGAUUAUAUUUCUUACGCUGAAAACAAUGCCAACUUCGUUUUACCAGCCGGUGUUUUAGAAGUCUACACUCAAAUGACAACUUACAAGAAAGAUGAUGACGCUUACACCAGUUUAUUCACUCAAUUAGAUUUUAGCGCCAUCGAAGAUGUGAUGACCCAACUACCAUGGUACACUACCAGAUUAGCUGUUGUUCUAGCUUCUUACUUCUCAAGUAAUGGUAUUUCUACUGAUUCUAACGGUUUACCAAUUCACAAUGCCGCUGCCACUGGUGCAGCUGCUUCCUCCUCUGCUACUGCUUCCUCCUCUACCGUAGCUUCCUCCUCUACCGUAGCUUCUUCCUCUGUUGCUGCUUCUUCCUCUGCAGCUGCCUCAUCUUCAACAUCCUCUUCAAGCUCAUCAUCAGCUUCUCAUUCUUCUACUAGCGCAUCCAGCUCAUCAUCAGCUUCUCAUUCUUCUACUAGCGCAUCCAGCUCAUCAUCAGCUUCUCAUUCUUCUACUAGCGCAUCCAGCUUAUCAUCAGCUUCUCAUUCCUCUACUAGCACUUCUGCAAACAACGCUGCUGCUUUAGGUGCUGGUGUUGGUGCUAUGGUCGCUGGUGCCGCUGCUAUGUUAUUAUAA